AGAGCCCCAGAGCAUGCCGCUGCUCGCCCGCUCCCCCAGCACCAACCGUAAAUACCCACCUCUGCCCGUUGAUAAGCUGGAAGAGGAGAUCAACCGCCGGAUGGCAGAUGACAACAAGCUCUUUCGGGAGGAGUUCAACGCUCUCCCAGCGUGUCCCAUACAGGCCACAUGCGAAGCUGCUUCCAAGGAGGAGAACAAGGAGAAGAACAGAUACGUGAACAUUUUGCCCUAUGAUCAUUCCAGGGUUCACCUAACUCCUGUCGAAGGGGUUCCUGACUCCGACUAUAUCAAUGCCUCCUUCAUUAAUGGGUACCAAGAGAAAAACAAGUUCAUUGCUGCACAAGGACCAAAGGAAGAAACGGUGAAUGAUUUUUGGAGGAUGAUUUGGGAGCAAAACACAGCAACAAUUGUCAUGGUGACCAACCUGAAAGAGAGGAAAGAGUGUAAGUGUGCUCAGUACUGGCCAGAUCAAGGCUGCUGGACAUAUGGGAACAUCCGAGUGUCCGUGGAGGAUGUGACUGUCCUGGUGGAUUACACCGUGCGGAAGUUCUGCAUCCAGCAGGUCGGUGAUGUCACGAACAAGAAGCCUCAGCGCCUGGUGACUCAGUUCCACUUCACCAGCUGGCCCGACUUCGGCGUCCCCUUCACCCCCAUUGGGAUGCUGAAGUUCUUGAAGAAGGUGAAGACGUGUAAUCCCCAAUACGCAGGAGCAAUAGUAGUGCACUGCAGCGCCGGGGUAGGACGCACGGGCACUUUUAUCGUCAUCGAUGCCAUGCUGGACAUGAUGCACGCAGAGAGGAAGGUGGACGUUUACGGCUUCGUGAGCCGGAUCCGGGCUCAGCGCUGCCAGAUGGUACAGACAGAUAUGCAGUAUGUGUUUAUAUACCAAGCACUUCUGGAGCACUAUCUCUACGGUGACACAGAGCUGGAGGUGACCUCUUUAGAGAUCCACCUUCAGAAGAUCUACAACAAAGUGCCAGGGACCAGCAGCAAUGGGCUGGAAGAGGAGUUCAAGAAGCUCACUUCAAUCAAAAUUCAGAACGACAAGAUGAGAACGGGCAACUUACCGGCAAACAUGAAGAAGAACAGGGUGCUUCAGAUAAUUCCAUAUGAGUUCAACCGAGUAAUCAUUCCAGUGAAGAGAGGUGAAGAGAACACAGACUACGUAAAUGCUUCCUUCAUUGACGGUUAUCGCCAGAAGGAUUCCUAUAUCGCCAGCCAAGGACCGCUGCAGCACACGAUAGAGGACUUCUGGAGGAUGAUCUGGGAGUGGAAAUCCUGCUCCAUAGUGAUGCUAACGGAGCUGGAGGAGAGAGGCCAGGAGAAGUGUGCCCAGUACUGGCCGUCUGACGGCUCUGUGUCCUAUGGAGACAUCACUGUGGAGCUGAAGAAAGAGGAGGAGUGCGAGAGCUAUACAGUGCGGGACCUGCUGGUAACGAACACCAGGGAAAACAAGAGCCGACAGAUUCGGCAGUUUCAUUUCCACGGCUGGCCAGAAGUUGGGAUCCCUGGGGACGGGAAGGGAAUGAUCAACAUCAUCGCAGCUGUGCAGAAGCAGCAGCAGCAGUCUGGCAACCACCCGAUCACUGUGCACUGCAGUGCCGGAGCAGGAAGAACAGGCACCUUCUGUGCGCUGAGCACUGUCCUGGAAAGGGUGAAGGCAGAAGGGAUUCUCGACGUCUUUCAGACGGUGAAGAGUUUAAGACUACAGAGGCCGCAUAUGGUGCAGACACUGGAACAGUACGAAUUCUGCUACAAGGUGGUGCAGGAAUAUAUCGACGCCUUCUCAGACUACGCCAACUUCAAGUGAAGAAAACAAAAAAAAUCCACACCCCGAAACAAAUGACAGAAGAGUUGCCUUCUUUAAUAUUUUGUAAUAUUCUGUUUGUUAAUAUACCCGCCCCAAAAAUAUGUGUAUAUAUCUUAACUGUUUUAGAGGUUGGUACCAUAAGCUUCAUAUUAGCUGGAGAUUUUAUAUGUAGCAAAGUGUUAGUGCAGAUACUGUUGGCUCCUUUUUUUCCAAUGUUUUAUUGGGGAAUUAAAUAGCGUGAUGUUUGGAUUAAUAUUGUCAUACCAUCUCUCUUCUGGAGAGUUGAUACAGGCUGUUAUUUUGUUUGUAAAUUUUUUUUUUCUUGAGGGAGUAAAGCCUUUUAAAAAAAAAAAAAGGAAGAAAAAGAUAUCCUGGAUCUCAUCUGAAAAAAAAAACACAACACCACAAGCACAAGCUUUUCCGAACCUGCAGGCAAAUGGUUUCACAUUUUUCUGCUGGUCAGCUCUUUAAAAAAAAAAGGGAGAAAAAAAACCA